CAAAACCCCCAUUUUUAUCUUCUUCACUGUAACGUUCUUCGGUUCUUCCCAUCCCCUGCUAUUCAUCAUCUCGAAUUCAGUCAAGACCAACUACACAUUUCUUCAGAACAAUGCGGUCUUGAUUCCUGUAAGUUUGAUUUCCAAAAUUUUCUGUUCAUUUAUUAAGAGCGAUAUCUAUCACUGUGCAACUACAAUAGCGAAAGCUUCAGCAAUUUAGGGUUGUCUUUUUAUUCCUUUUCUAUGGGGAAGUCUGGGGGUAGGAAGAAGAAGGCUCCCGCCGCCAUAAGCCAGGCGCAAAGCCAAGUUAGCAGCGGCGAAAAUCACCCGCCGCCUGUUGUUAAUGGCGGUGUUAAUUUCAAUUCUGCGGUUUUCUUAAAGAGAGCUCAUGAGCUCAAGGAAGAAGGUAACCGUAGGUUUCAGGCUAAAGAUUUUGUAGGUGCUCUUCUGCAGUAUGAAAAUGCCAUUAAGCUCACCCCCAAAACUCACCCUGAUCGAGCCGUGUUCCAUAGCAAUAGGGCCGCCUGUUUGAUGCAAAUGAAGCCAAUUGAUUACGAGACUGUGAUAUCCGAGUGCACGAUCGCGCUUCAGGUGCAGCCCAAUUUCGUGCGAGCUCUUCUUAGGAGGGCUCGUGCGUUUGAGGCGAUAGGGAGGUACGAAACGGCUAUGCAGGAUGUGCAGUCAUUGCUGGCUGCUGAUCCUAAUCAUAGAGAUGCAUUUGAGAUUGCCGGAAGGCUGAGGAUGGCGCUUGGGCCUCGACAGGAGGCUCAGCAAGACCUUCAGAGCCGGCCUUCUCCAGCAGCAUUAGGGGCGUCUGCAUUCGUGGGGGCCCCCGUUGGUGGCCUUGGGCCAUGUUUCCCAGCUAGAUCUGUCCCCAAGAAACCCGUGCCUGCAGCAAAUGCGCCAUCUAAUAAGUCGGAUAAGUUGUAUCCUGUGCCUCCGAUUGAGAAUGGGACUGAGGGCAAGAGCCAUUUGCCUAAGGUUGUGUUGAAGCCUUCAAAUGGCACUGCAAGAGCCAACCCGAAUGCUAGCAAGGAUAAUAACCUUGAGGAACAGUUUCCCUCUCGAUCAGUGUUCACUUCAGUUCAUCAGAAAUCUGAAGAGCCUGUGAUACAAUACAGGCCGUUGAAGCUUGUUUAUGACCAUGACAUAAGGCUUGCACAAAUGCCUGUUAAUUGCAGUCUGAAAGUUUUGAGGGAAAUUGUAGGUAAGCGUUUUCCAAUGUCAAAAGCCGUUCUGAUUAAGUACAAGGACAGUGAUGGGGACUUGGUGACUGUAACAUGUUCGGCUGAGCUUAGGCUGGCAGAGUCAUCAGUUGACAAUAUGAUUCUAAAAGACCCUGAUACUGAAAAGGGAAACGCCCGUGCGUUGUUGAAGUUGCAUAUUGUUGAAGUGAGCCCAGAGCAGGAGCCGCCUUUACCGGAAGAGGAGGAGAUUGUGGAGGCUGAAGGAGAUGGGAAUGUGUCCCAAUCUUCUGCUACGGAAUCUCUUGGAGAUGCUGUGGACUCUGAGAUUGAUAGCAUUGACAAAGUUUCUCAAAAGGGGAAGACGGGAGGAACAGAGGAUCCGGAGUGUAAGGAAGUGGAAAUGGAUGAUUGGCUAUUUGAGUUUGCACAGCUGUUCCGGACCCAUGUAGGGAUUGACCCUGAUGCUCAUAUUGAUCUUCAUGAACUCGGGAUGGAGUUGUGCUCUGAAGCCCUUGAGGAGACAGUGACUAGUGACGAGGCUCAAAGUCUUUUCGACAAGGCUGCCCUCAAGUUCCAGGAGGUGGUUGCUCUGGCUUUCUUCAACUGGGGAAAUGUUCAUAUGUGUGCAGCUAGGAAAAGAAUGCCUGUAGAUGAAUCGGCUGAUAAAGAAACGAUGAAUGCACAGCUUCGAAAUGCUUAUGAUUGGGUGAAAGACAUGUAUACCCUUGCUAAAGAGAAGUAUGACGAGGCUCUAAUGGUCAAACCAGACUUCUAUGAAGGAUUGUUAGCUCUAGGCCAGCAACAAUUUGAAAUGGCUAAACUUCAUUGGGCAUUUGUAUUAGCAAAGAAAGAGGAUCUAUCGAAAUGGGAUCCGACCGAGACCAUUGAUCUCUUUGACAGUGCAGAGGAAAAGAUGAAAACAGCAGCUGCAAUUUGGGAGAAGCUGGAGGAGCAGAGAGCUAAUGAGUUGAAAGAUCCUAGUGCAAACAAGGAUGAACUAUUGAAAAGGAAGAAGAAACAGGGUACUGGUGCACAAGGUGAUUCGGGUGUAGGGGACAUUUCACCCGAGGAAGCAGCAGAGCAAGCUGCUGCUAUGAGAUCACAAAUUCACUUAUUUUGGGGCAAUAUGCUUUUCGAAAGAUCUCAAAUUGAAUGUAAACUCAACAUGCCUGGAUGGAACAAGAAUCUGGACGUUGCUGUGGGGCGAUUUAAACUUGCUGGAGCUUCUGAAGCCGACAUCUCAACAGUUCUGAAAAAUCACUGCUCUAACGAAGAAUCUUCUGUUGGGAAAUCAGAAAAAGACUGAGGUUGUGCCUACUGGUGCGGUUUACAAAGAUGACCGAAAAUCACAACUGUAGGUUUAUGUGCGACCAAUGCAGUGCUCGAUAACACCCUUUUGUGAUGGUAUGAUACACUCGAUCGUGGUUCUAGAAUGGAGUCGGAAUUUUAUUUUUAGCUCUUCAUCAGGAUCGCCUACCCGUGGGGUUUAAGCUCCCCCAUACUCUAAUGUUUCCUAUCAUGUCCUUAGCUUCUAGACUUGAAAGCUAACAUAAUUUUUGCAAUGGUCAUAAAGCUAACCCAAAGAACUCACAAUCAAAUCUGAUUUUGAGGUCUUUGAGACCUUUGAUUGUGAGUUCUUUGGGUUGAGAUUUGUGAUUUGGCUACAGAGUUUCUUGUUUCUGAGAUGAUUCUGCUUUAUCCAUCUCUGUUGCUUCAUACAAACUGUGUUCUAACAGAUUAGGUAUGAAUUGGAAUUAUGGCUUCUGCCACAGUA